UCCUAUCGUUACAGCAUCAACAAAAGUUUCUCACCUAGCUUUUUCGCCACACGAAACUACUUCGCUUCCAUUUUCGAAGGCACAAAACCGAGAAAGAAAAAUGAAGCCUCGUCAAGAACAAGAAGAAGACGAAGAACGACUUCGUCAAAGAAAACUUGAAGAAUCCCUUGAAAUAAAAUCUCUCCGGCGCAUAGUCAGUGCCUACCUUAAUUAUCCAGAGGCAGCAGAAGAGGAUGUGAAAAGAUACGAAAGAUCGUUUAGGAAGCUUCCUCCUUCUCACAAAGCUUUGUUAUCACACUACCCUUUGAAGUUUCAAAGUCUAAGAAGGUGUAUUUCUAUAAAUUCGUAUUUCAUAUUUAAUAUGCUUCAGGCAUUUGAGCCACCCCUGGAUAUGAGCCAGGACAUUGAUGACUCUGGGGAAUUGCACUUUGAAUGGCCACCAAAUGAUGGGAAUGUUUGCUCUCAUGAGUCUACCACAGCUAGGGGAAGUUGUUCCAAACUUGAUGAAGCUUGCUGUGGAGAAUCAAGCAAUGUGAUGAGCAAACUAGCAGAGGGUUUGACGGCCAAUGAGGAAGUGCAAAUUGAAGGUUGUCAUGGGUCUGAUACUGGGAGCUGUCUGGCAGGCGAGGAAAAUAACAAAAUGACAGCUGAAUGUUGUGGGAAUCAUGUUUCUGAUUCCAAUGGAAAUGUCCCGUCAUCACCUCGUGAUUGGUUGGAUCCAUCAUUUCAGUUGCAUGUUCCCCUGGUUGAUGUUGAUAAGGUCCGUUGUAUACUAAGAAACAUAGUAAGAGACUGGGCAGCAGAGGUAAUGAUGCGUCAUUGCUUUCCUGUUUCUAACUCACAGAAAGAACGUGAUCAGUGCUACAAGCCUAUUCUUGAAGAGCUCAAUUCUUUAUUCCCUAGUCGUUGCAACAAAAGUCCCCCUACAUGUUUAGUUCCUGGUGCUGGUCUUGGGCGUCUGGCCUUGGAGAUUUCAUGUUUGGGUUUCGUGAGCCAGGGAAAUGAAUUUUCAUACUACAUGAUGAUAUGCUCAAGUUUUAUUCUUAAUCAGACCCAGAAUGCAGGGGAAUGGACUAUAUAUCCUUGGAUCCAUAGCAAUUGCAAUUCACUUUCAGACAGUGACCAACUCCGUCCUGUUUCAUUUCCAGAUAUUCAUCCAGCAAGUGCAGGGAUUACUGAAGGAUUCUCCAUGUGUGGUGGUGACUUUGUUGAAGUCUAUAGUGAUCCAAGUCAAGUAGGAGUUUGGGAUGCAGUUGUAACUUGUUUUUUUAUUGAUACGGCACACAAUAUUGUUGAAUACAUUGAAAUCAUAUCAAGGAUUUUGAAAGAUGGGGGGGUUUGGAUAAAUCUGGGACCACUCCUGUAUCAUUUUGCAGACAUGUAUGGACAAGAAGAUGAGAUGUCCAUUGAACUGAGCUUGGAAGAUGUAAAGUGUGUUGCGUUUAAUUAUGGGUUUGAAGUUGAGAAGGAAAAGACAAUUGAGACAACCUACACUACAAAUCCUCGAUCAAUGAUGCAAAACCGAUACUUUGCUGCAUUCUGGACAAUGAGAAAGAAAUCGGCAGCGGUGGAAAAGCAUUCAACAUGAUAAGCAGCGGUGGAGAAGCAUUUUGCAUGAUGAUUACCGGCCUUUGUAUUAUGUGGUCUACUAUAUUGUUAAUUUUUUUUGUUAAUUUUUUUUGUUAAUUAACGUGGGUAUCCAGGCCAGCUUGUAUGUACCUCGACUAAUCCCACGGACCCUGAAAUUAACGACUAUAUAAGCCUCCAGUAGUUCUGAGGGGAUUCGAACUCGUAACCAUUGGAAAGCAAACCCAAGACUUGACCAGUUGAGUUAGCCCUCAGUGUUUAUCUGCUAUAUUGUUCCUUCAUGUAAAAGCUGCAUACAGUGUCCAGUAAAUUGAAAUGUAUUUCUUGAAAAUAAUAUACAAGGUUGAAGAUUAAUUUGA